GCUGGGCAGCGGCGGCCUGUCACUGAGCGGGUGGGGGUUGGAUGCAGCAGCGGCAGCAGCAGCCUCAGCCGGGCUUCAGCAGCAGGGAGCGGCAAUCUCCUUCCGAACCUCUUCCCAGUCAAACCCGGCACUUGGGCUUUGCCCUCGGCCUCUCCCAGCCCUCACAGCCCCGAAGUCAGAUGGCCGGGCUGUCGGCGGCGGCAGCGCACGGGGAGUCGGCCUUCAACCCCCAGGAAAAGGAGCUGGCAGAGCGCUUCAAGCGCCUGUAUCCGGCCGUCGACGAGCAGGAGACGCCGCUGCCGAGGUGCUGGAGCCCGAAGGACAAGUACAGCUAUAUCGGCCUGUCUCAGAACAACCUGCGGGUGCACUACAAAGGUCAUGGCAAAACACCAAAAGAUGCAGCUUCAGUCCGAGCAACUUUUCCCAUUCCUGCUGCGUGUGGGAUUUAUUACUUCGAGGCAAAGAUAGUCAGUAAAGGAAGAGAUGGGUAUAUGGGCAUUGGACUUUCUGCUCAAGGUGUCAACAUGAAUAGAUUACCAGGCUGGGAUAAACAUUCAUAUGGAUACCAUGGAGAUGAUGGCCAUUCAUUCUGUUCUUCUGGGACAGGACAGCCCUAUGGACCAACCUUUACAACUGGGGAUGUAAUUGGAUGCUGUGUAAACAUGAUCAAUAAUACAUGUUUCUACACAAAGAAUGGUCACAGUUUAGGUAUUGCUUUCACAGAUCUACCGCCAAAUUUAUAUCCUACGGUUGGACUGCAGACACCAGGGGAGGUGAUAGAUGCUAAUUUUGGACAGCAUCCAUUUGUUUUUGAUAUAGAGGACUACAUGCGAGAAUGGAGAUCUAAAAUUCAGAGCCAGAUUGAAAGGUUCCCAGUAGGAGAUCGGGAAGGGGAAUGGCAGACAAUGAUUCAGAAAAUGGUUUCAUCUUACUUAGUGCAUCAUGGCUAUUGUGCUACAGCUGAAGUGUUUGCCAGAUCCACAGGACAAGCUUUCCAAGAAGAGCUAGCGUCAAUUAAAAAUAGACAAAGAAUUCAGAAAUUGGUACUGGCUGGAAGAAUGGGAGAAGCAAUUGAAACAACGCAACAGCUAUAUCCAGGUCUUCUUGAAAGAAAGUCUAACCUCCUUUUUAUGUUAAAAGUCCGCCAGUUUAUAGAAAUGGUAAAUGGAACCGAUAGUGAAGUACGGUGUUUAGGAGGCCGAAGUCCAAAGUCUCAAGACAGCUACCCUGGUAGCCCUAGAACCUUCAACAGUCCCAGCAUGAGUCCCAGCCAUGGAAGCAAUAUCCACAUCCUAGCAGCAUGCAGAGGGAAUGGUUCACAUAGUCACUUUACAGGUUAUGAAAACAAUUGUAGCAAUGGUAUAAUAUCCAAUAAAGGCCAUCAAUCCAGUAGUCACAAUAAGCAUCCAACCUCAUGUUUAAAUACUUCAGAAUUAAAUAGCAUAAAUGCUGCAAGAUCUCAGCAAUCAAACAGUUGUAUCAGAGACAAUAACGAUAUAGAUAUGGAGACUGAACACUACAGCAAUGGGGUGGCAGAGUCUUCAUCAAAUGGUUUCCUUAAUGGCAGUUCAAAACUUGAUCAUGAUAUGGAUGAAAAUGAUGCAGAAAUGGAAAUAGACUUGACUCAGUCACGACGCCAACUUUGUGGAGGCAGCCAGGCAGCGAUUGAACGCAUGAUUCAUUUUGGGCGGGAACUGCAAACAGUGAGUGAGCAGCUGAGAAGAGAAUGUGGCAAAAAUACAGCUAAUAAGAAAAUGCUUCAGGAUGCAUUUAGUUUGCUUGCUUAUUCUGAUCCAUGGAACAGCCCAGUAGGAUACCAGCUUGAUGUGGUGCAAAGAGAGCCUGUGUGUUCAGCAUUAAAUAGUGCUAUAUUAGAAUCUCACAAUCUGCCAAAGCAGCCGCCACUGGCUCUUGCUAUUGGUCAGGCUUCAAAAUGUUUAGAGUUGAUGGCCCAUUUGGGUAUUGGUUCGUGUGCGUUUGCCACUGUGGAAGAAUAUUUGCACUAGCUAUGUGUUUGUACAGCUCAUCCUAGAGCUACCUUAACAUUUAGUGACCUUACGCAGCACCAUGUCUGCUGAAGGGAAACUGACUUUUAAUUUCCAGUGAUCUUUUGGGACAGAUCUACACGUCACUCUACUUCUGCUUCCUACUUUACAGCAUGGUCCAGCUGUUUUCUAACUAAUAUGCACAGUUCAUUGACAUGUUUUUGCAUUUUUAUAUCAAUGUCUGGAGGAAUUGUAACAGUGUAGUAUGUAUGUUUCAGUGGAACAUUACUAUGCUUCCUUUUUAAUCCUCAAACAUGUCAAAACAUUUUCAUCUUGCGUGGGCAGAUUAAAGCUCCGGAUGAAAUCAAGGUCCAUUCAGGACAAUGUUGCUCAUUCAUAAAUAUUUGGAAGAUGAAUUAAUUGGCUAAAAUGUCAAAAAAGUGCUUUAAUUGAAGUGAGAAUGUCUGAAUAAAAUAUUUAGGUACAGAUUAAAGCCAAAAGAAGUUUUUUUUGUACUUUAUUAAGAUGUAACUUUUUGUGAUAAACCAAAAUUUGCAAAUUGCUGUUGUGUGAGUGGAUCUUCAACCGUGAGCAUGUCUAAUGCAAAAUGGAUUACAACAACUUUUACAUCAAUCCACAUCAAAAAUUACAUGCUUGAGUAAUCUGGUGGAUCUUUUUAAGUAUAAUGUAUGGAGGGGAAAUGAAGACUUUCCACUUCCAAGUAUUGUAAAUUUCCAUUCCUCAGGAGCUGAAAGGCAGUGUCAACAAGUGAAUGGCUGGCUGUAGUCUGCUGGUCUAUUUUUCCUCCAGGUUGUCUUUGUCUGCAUAUGCUCCCAAUCAUAUGUUUUCUUCUCCAUUUCCCCCAGAACACUGUUCAAAUGCAGAGAAAUCCAUUCCACACCCAUCAUUUUAACCAUUGUAAAAUAACUGUUAAGUACUUGUCAAGACAUUGUGUGGUAAUGACUUUAUUUAUAUUAAACCAAAUACUUUUGUCAAAAUCUGCAAUGUCUUAAUUUAAAUUUCAUACACUCUGCAUUUUAAGCAGUGCUUGAGUGAGUACUUUACUGCAAUAAAAUGUGUAAACCAUAAUUAAUCAGCUAUUAAAGAUUUAAAUCUAUUGAAUCGAGUAGUGGUUCUUUGCUAGCCUUUGCAUUAUUUGCAAACAAAAAAGGGCAAGUUUUUGAAAUGGUUUACCAUAUUUAUCUUCAGUUGAUUAAAUUUUUCAUUCACUGCUUGAUUUAUACCCUUAAUAUGGUUAGGUUUACAAAGUAGUAAUGUCCCAACAGCUCUACAGCCAAUAUUUAAAAUAAUGCACAAGGUUGUUCUUGUAUAUUUUAAGUCAUCUUGUUUAUAGCUAUGACAAUUGAGACCAAGUGAAUAAAUUAUGAUGCCUGUAGUGAACACUGUACAGUUAAUUUAAUCUGAGAAAAAUCCAUUUAUUUUUGACCUUGCUAAUCAAGCAUUAAAUUUUGAUGUUUCUUAUACUGAGUAAAGAAUUCUGAUUUUAACAUUGA